GAAAAAGGGUUGUACUUUCCGAGGGCUCUCUCCGUCCAAACACUCUCAAUCAGCGUGCAGAAGGCGGGAAACGGAGCCCUCCGCGCGGGAAUUUCCUCAUCCCCCUUCUCCAGCCAUCUCUUCUUCCUUCAUCCUUUCCUCCUAUGGCUUAGAUUGGGGAUUCUUGCCCGAGUCUUAUGGCGGCCGAUGGAGCCCUAGAAAUUUUCCCGCAGAUCCAGGCACUCGUCCUCGACAAGCUUCAAGUGGUUUCCUACAAGUGGCUUAGUCGCAACUUUUCGGUGUCAUCAAAUUAUGCAAAAAGGUUGCUUCGGGAGUUUGCGGAAAAGCACUGCAAUGAGUUGGAGGUGAUAUACACAUUGUCCGGAUGGUUGAAGAGUGAACCUCAAGCCUAUUGUGUAAAACUUGCUUCAACCUAUAAACUAGAAGAAGUCAAACAAGUAUUUAAAGAUAAUUGCUCAGUUCAGGUUUACAGUGUCCAAGCAUGUAUUCCAAGUGAUCUUGCAGUUAUAUGGAAUGCUGAAUUUGUGCAGGCGGAGGAACUCUUUAAUCAACCAUUGACUGAAGGAAACUGCUUGAGGGAUAACAGGUUCUGUGGCGUUUCAAAUUCAUUUGUCAAGCGCAUUGUUGAUGGGAAGCAUGUUGGUGCUGCAGCACCAUGGCCCAUGAAUGGUAAAAGAGUAGCUAUAGAGUCAAAAGGUAUCAGCACUGUGAAAGGUCAGCCUAUUCAGCAUCCUCAACAAGGAUCCGGUGCCAAAAAUGGCAUGCAGUCAUCUAUUGCAGUAUCAAGUGAUAAUAGCGAGAAAGUUGCUCUUGAUGCAGCCAGCAAAGUUACUAAGCCACCUUUAAUCAAAGAAUCUGUUUCUGGUGGUAAUACUGGCAAAAAUAAAGGUCAGAAUGUAAAGUCCUCGUCAGGGACUACCAGUUCACUUGCUAGUUUGUGGGGCAAUGCUUCAGCAAAAUCAAAGCCUGCGGCUCCUGCUGCUGAAACCGCUAUUGAUACGUCAAUUGCUGCUGCUACUGCUGAAGCUCAAAUAUGUGCACAUGAAGCUUUGGAUGCUGCCAACAGUGAAGAUGAGGACCAUCAUAAUAAUCAUAAGCGGGAGAGGAACAGUGUAAGCGGCAGAAAGAGAAGGGUUUUUCUUGAUUUCUCAGACGAUGAUGAUGAAGAGGAAAAUGUUACUAGUCUUUCAUCUCCAGAUGUUUUUAAAGGGAAACAUGCUGCAGAAUCCUUGCCUAAAACUGAAAGCUUAUUGGACAGAAGUAAACCGAACACUGCAGAGCCUAAGGGUGACAGAUUGAGUGAUGGGCUAGAUAGCACUAAGGGAAAAAAUUCUUCACUUCCAUCAGAUGCUGACGAAAGAAUUGCAAGCAUUACAAUGGGAGGAAUUUCCUUAAAAAAGAAGACCAAUAGCUAUAAUCAAGGGGACACUGACAAGAAUAAUAAGGAUGUAGCCACCACUUCUACUUCACCAAAAAGAAGAAAAGUACUCAAAACUCGAAUUGACGAUCGAGGAAGAGAAGUUACUGAGGUUAUUUGGGAGGGGGAAACUGCUGACAGUAAUAUGCCUGAGAAGAACAUUUCCGUUAAUGAUUCUGCAAACAGGCCUCCUGUGGCUAAUAAAGCGCAAGCAGCAGGAAUCGCUGCUUCCACUAAUCCAGGAAAGGGUGGCAACAAGAAACCAGGAAAAGGUGGCCUAAAAGAUGCGAAGCAAGGAAAUAUUCUGUCCUUUUUCAAGAGGGUGUAAAUCCCACUUCAUGAGAGACUAUAACUGCCGUCUCUUUGGACAAUCCGUGGGAAAGCUCAUCCUGGACGGGAUUUUUAGAUGAUAAGUUGUGUCAUGUUUUUGAGCUUCGUGAAGCGUUAGCUGUCAGUUAUGGAUGUGUUGAGCAGCACCUCAAGUCGUCGUUAUGCGUUUUAUGUUUUUAGCUGAACCUGUCGAGACCCAACUCUAUAAGAUCAUGUAGCCCUGUUUAUGGCAUGUGCA